UAGCAACAAGUCACGCUAAGUUUGAAGAAGAAAGGAAACUCUUGAGUUGAAGUUGGUCUUGAUUGAGCAAGGGUUAGUAAAAGACAGACAAAAAUCUAAAAUGCAUCGGGCCUAUCAACCAAUUACCCCUGCUAACAACAAGCUUUUGAAGCAAAGAUGGGACAUGAGCCGAUAUGAUACACACAGAAGAAAGGUUCGAUCGGCUGCAGCAGUGAUAGAUAAUAAAGCCCCACAGACUUACAUGCAUCUUCACCUGAAGCUGAAGAAACUGCAGGUUGAGGAAGAGCGAAAUGCAACAAUUGAAAGAGAUAACCGUAUCCUUCUUGAGAAGAUGUCUUACACAAUGCGAACUAAGGGAAGAGUAGACAACAGGAAUGACUAUGAACACAAAAGUCUAAAUAAAACCAAGAGGCAAAGAGAGCUGCUCAGAGUCACCCACGAAAAUCAGGCAAUAUUGAAAAGAAUAGCUUCUAAAGAACCACAUUACAACCAUCUGCAAUGGGAGGAUGAGUGGCAGAUCAACGAGACUUACAUGGAUAACAUUGCCAAGUACCCCAAGGACUGGUACAAACAAAUGACCCGGAAACACAGGUCACGAACCCAGUCAGAACCAGCCAGGACAACCACAAGUGAGAAUGAGAACUCAACUGGAACUAAGGAGGAACCUGCACCAGAAGAAGAGACAGCCGAAGUCCCGCCUACUGAGGAGCCAGAGGCCGAAGCCGAGUUAUGAUUAGGAUUUGGAUUCUACAAAAAAUACAAAUUAGAAUUUAUUGUGGAUAAUUAAACUGCUGUUAAGUGUGUGGUAAUGGGACUCUUUCAGUUGCUAUAUUAGUUAUGAAACAAUUUGUAAAAUAUUUUUUAAAAGCUUUUUAUUUUACCGAAUGAGUUAUUUGCAAGCAUUUGUGUUUGCUCAGCAAACUUCUAAAAAAACUCAUUACUUCUGGAUAACGUGUGAGAACAUUGUAUUCUGUCAAUUUUGACCAUGUACUUGCCUCCAGUGCAUGUAAAUUAUUAUUUAACAUAUAAACAACAAAUGAAUAAAAAAGACUUCACUUUUACAAA